AUGUUCGAGACCACGCUGACUUUGCCACGCACCAGCGUGCUAACCGAACCGCUGGGCAGCGUUCCAUCCACUUCGACGGCGGCGGUGCAAACAACCACCACCACCAGCAAACGGCGUCGUCGUCGUCGCAACAAACGCCGCCGCAAGUCAUCCAUGUCGAGCAGUGAGGCGCCCUCGUCGCGCACCUAUGAUCCUGUGAUGACGGCAACCAGCAUACGCGGUGGCGGUGGCACAGCACGUCGUGGUCGACGCAGGAACGUCAGUUCCUCGGCAUCAGCAGCAGCGGCGGCGGCGGCAGCAGCAGCAGCAGUAGCCGCGGCAGAGGAAGCGGCGGCAGCAAUUGAGGAAGCAGAAGCAGAAGAAGCAUCAUCGUCGGCCAGAAGCGGUGGCAGCAGUCCGGGAUUAUUUGCGGAUCCGAGUGACUAUUUCGAGACACUCGAUUAGAUUCUUAAGUUUGGUUGGCUGUCAGCUACCUGUCAGCUGCAAUCUGUAGUAGGUUAAUUCUGUUGUUACUUUCACAUUUUUUACAUGCGCCUUCCCCAUAUGUGCGCCUAUUUAAUGCCCUUCUUUUUAAACUGGUUUAAACAUUAUUUGCAAAGGAAAGAAACAAAGAAAAUUAAUAAUGAAUGCGCGACAACAGUGUUUGUUUGGCGAGAUUUUAAAUAACGUUUUAAAGCAUAUUUUUAUAUUAAUUAGCUUUUCGGAUGUAAGCAUAAAACGUGUGUGUAAUAUUAUCUUAUGUAUAAUUAAUUAAACAAUUAUGAUGAAGGCCGUGCUGCGUCACGCCUCCUCCUA